AUGACUCGUAUUGAAUCUGUGAAUAACGAUGAUCUUUCAUUGAAAAAGCACAGUGGAUGUCGAGCUGUCGUUUUCAAAAUGCAAUAUUCAUAUAUAUUCGUUGCCUUGACUCGUGUUAUUAGCUCACCCAUGGACGAGUAUUCAAUACUAUCUCUUUCUAGUCAAGAUUCCAAAUUAGCCAAAUUAGUAUUACCAAACAAUGAAGCCACAACUACAUCUCCAACCAAUUCUGUGAACGUUAGAUUAGAUUGUUACUCUCAACGUCAAAAGAGCUUAUCACGACGAACAGGUGGAGACCUUAUAGUUUACAUACCAGCUUGCUCAUCAAAAAAUACAUCGCAUUAUCAACAAGUUCAAUGUCAUGAGCAGACAAGAUACUGUUGGUGCGUUCAUAUUGAUACGGGCGAGCCGAUUCCCGGAACGACAUCACUGAUUGAUAAACCAAGAUGUCCUGAAGAAAAACUAGAUAAACGAAAGCCAAAACAAAGAUGUGCAGCUCAUCGACGUCUCAGAUUUCUUCGUCGACUGGUCUCCUCAUUAGAAACAGAACUGAUAAUGGCAGGAAAUGUCACAAAUAAUAAGAUAGAUCGAGAUGCUGCUCUAAUAUGGAAGUUCAAUCGAUUAGAUAAGAAUAAAAAUAAAGUAUUAGAGAAAUCCGAAUGGAGACCUUAUAAGGUUGUGCUUCUGCAAUGGAAAAGGUUUCGAACAUGUAGUCGUAGUCUGUUCAAAACGUGUGAUAAUGAUGGAAACAAGAAGUUGACACAAAAUGAAUGGAAAUCAUGUAUUGCCAAAGAAGUGAACUGGGUUCCAGCCAAGCGUCCAGAACAAUUGAAUCCUUUCUUGUAUGUACUUAAAGCUGAAUAA